AUGGAAAUCACAAAACUCCGCAAAUACUACAGAUCUUAUAACUCUGGCCCCCAAUGGCUGUUGUAUCAGUAUCUGCUGGCUGAUGCCAAAUUGAGACACAUGUUUGACUUGGGUCCAUUAUGUGGUGUUGUUACGUUCGUCACUUUGCUCAUGACGUUGAUCGUUAUCGUCUGUUCACUUGUGAGUGCAAAAGCGACCGUCGCGAAUCAGAAGAACUUUCUGGAAUUGCAGAAAGAGGCAGACAAGAAAAUCCCGCGGAGGAGAAGCAUGGCGGACAUCAGACCGAUCUACAAUUGUAUUCAUAAGCACCUGCAGCAGACCGACGUGUUUCAGGAAAAGGCGAAGAAAAUGCUUGGAAAGGAACGUCUGGAGUUGGAGAUUCUGUGUAGUAGAAUAAAUUGUAUCAACAAACUGCUAAAACCUGAGACGCAGACUGAAUGGCGGCGGAGCAGACUACGAAAAGUGUAUUAUCGUCCCAUUAACAUUAACUCGGCCGCGUCGAAGUAAUGGCCGACGGCGUAACAAUGUAAUUAAGC